GCGGCUAGGUAAUGUCUUACUGUCGACAUCAUCGGGUCUUGAAGAAAGGAAUCGAGUCAUCUUUUGUUGGAUUAUCUGUGAUUUCGAGAUAUACUUCUGAAGAUCGUUGCCGUCGAAUCUAUCCCGAUACAAAAUAUGACAAAUUUUAUAAUAUCAAAUAUUUUCUAAUGAUGUACUUUUCUACACCUACCAUCUUCUGCAAUGACUCCAACCAUUUCUUGGAGCCUUUUCUUAGUUGUUCUCUCGGUGUUUUUAUAUCCUCAUCCCUACCACUGUAUUACGGAAUGUGUUGAGGGGUGUAUGUGUAAAUGGAAAAACGGAAAACAAACAGCAGAGUGCGCUGAUUCACAGCUUACCAGCAUCCCCGCUGGUCUCAAUACCGGAACUCAAGUGUUGGAUCUAAGUGGUAACCUAUUACAGACAUUGUCCAGCAAGGUCUUUCAGUCCGUCGGACUGGUCAAUUUACAGAAGGUAUUCUUAGCCCGCUGCGGACUAUCUGAAAUCGCAAACGAUGCUUUUUAUCACGUGUCUAAUCUAAUUGAAUUAGAUUUGAGCGAAAAUUUCUUAAAUUGGGUUCCCUUCGAUGCUCUCAGAGAUUGUUCACUACUUCGUCGCCUCCAGCUCACGAACAAUCCUAUUCAACUCAUACAAAAUAACACUUUUUCAGGCUUAAUCCAUCUUACCAGUCUAGAAAUGAGCAACUGUCGAAUCUACACCGUUGAGCCGAAUGCAUUCAGUGGACUUAAAAACUUAGAGUAUCUUCGUUUAGACGGGAACAAACUUUCAUUUCUCUCAGGUAAAGUAGUUAAGGAUCUCCCUAACUUACAUACUUUGGAUCUGUACAACAAUCCGUGGGUGUGUGACUGUCGAAUAAGUAAGUUAAGAAAAUGGAUGGUAUCUCAGAACGUAGCAAUCUCCACCCCUCCACGUUGUGAGCAACCGCCGAGGGUUCAAGGCCUAACAUGGGACAUCAUGAGUAUUGACGAUUUUGCCUGUCCACCAAAUGUGAUUGGAGUGGAUACAAAGAUAUCCAUCAUGGAAGGAAGAAACGCUACAUUAAGAUGUAAAAUCCGUGCCGUUCCAACUGCUACAAUAAACUGGCUAUGGCAAGGAAGAAUUAUUACGAACCUUUCUUUGAUGUCUUUCGGACAGCAGAUGUAUCUUAUUCAGGAGGAAGGCAAGGAUUUCAAAGAAAGCAUCUUGACGAUUAUUAACGUGAUGGUUAAAGAUAGCGGUCGUUAUAUUUGUGCAGCAUCCAACCAUGCCGGUAAUGUGACAGUGAAUGUGUCGGUGGAAGUUAGUCCCCGGAUAAAUAUCGACACGUCAUUAAGUGGCGGCGAGAUAGCUGGAAUUGUGAUUGGAUUAUUUCUGGUGAUCUCUCUUCUCUUUGUUGUUGUGUGCUUUCUUGCUCUUUAUCGCCGUAGAAAUCCAUCAGAUGAGCGGAAAAGCAUCGGGGUUAAUUUGUACAAGAAUUUUGAUUCGGUAAAACAGAAUCACGUAGAACUAACAGCGUUAAAUAACGAAGGGCCCGAGGACGAAAAACCCGUUCAAAGCAAACAAAAACGAGGAAACAGCGGCUACUUCUCGGAUGCCACAACGAGCAUGCCAUCCCAGGUUGACCACGACGACGCUAGUAGCUCUUCAACUGUGCUUAUCAAACCGGACACUAUUAUGACCACUGUAGGAGGUCAUCCAUCGGAUGUCCAUCUGUGUAGCCCCGUUUCGGCACAAGAACCACGUGAUUCUGACGUAUGGAGGUAUGCCUUACGCGAGGAAGGAGAUGGAAGCUCUUUCAGUGCCAAUGAAACCGAUGAAACCGAUCAGUGUGAGAACGUGUUGUCCCCAUCGAAACAAGAUUCCGCACUGAAUCCCUUCAAUGAGGACAAUUUCCAGACGCACAAUGACAGAACUCUGCCAAAAGACUGUACAGGUGGUGGCGAGUGCCACCAGAAUAUAGGUCCGCCACCUCACGGCAGUUUCGCUCAUUACCUUUUGAAGCCAAACCAUUUUCAUCUGGACCUGUCCUCUGAAGCACGAGAUUCUCCAGACGAAGGAUUAGGAGAUGAGCGUGAAUAUGAAACUGAUAUUUUGGAGUAAACCUUAAGAUCUACAUAAAACGAAGGAGGCUAUGUGUUAUUCUAAGUUUGAGCUAUUACUAAGUUUUGUCACCCAGCUAAACAAAAGUGUUUUAAGUGUUGUUGUUUUUUCUGACUGUCAAUGGAAUAAAUAGAAACCUUCCGGCUCCUGGAUAACUAUCCGCCAGUCAGUCCUGCAGGUAAUUUCAAUUAGUUUCAUUUGGCAUAAAUUAUACAGCGCAAAGUAAAUUCUGUACCUUUAUGAUGUGUAUCGUAACAGUAGUAGUUUGAUAUUUGUAACUCUAUAUUAAACAAGGAAGAAUACCUUAAGCCUUAAUAUUGGAAUAGCUACGACUUUCUUGUGUACGCUAAAAGACUAUGAAUAUAUACAUAUAUAUGUACUGCUGUUGUACGUUAUUUAUGAAUGUUGAUAUUGUGAAAAGAAAAACUCAGAUCUUCCGAUGGGUUUUGUUGAAAGUACAAGUAAAAUAUGUUUACAUUCA